AUUACCUCGUCGUUAAGAGAUGGGCUGGGAGAGUCAGAAUCAAGGCUAGGUCCAGGAGUUUCAGUAGGAGGUGCAGGUGGACUCAUCAACUCAGGAGCAGGAGCUGGAGCAGAAACAGCGCCUGUCUCUGGAGUUGGUGCUGGUGGAGAUUGUAAGGGUGUAGCCGCGGGAGGAGAGCUCACGGGCACUGUAGCUGGUGCCGUAGCUGGCGGUGUUGAAGCUGGAGCUGAAGUAGGAGGAGUAGAAACUGCUGCAGUGGGUGGGGAAGUUGCAGGAGAAUUCGGAGUUUUGGGCUUUGAAGGAGAGGUGGCAAUAGAAGGUGAUGCAGCUGGUAGUGUACUACUAGAUAAAGAAGCUGCUGGAGCUUUGGCUGGUGCAACUGAAGGAGAUUGA